GACAUUGAACUUGUUCCUUUUCCUUGAAGCUGACCACGAAAUGAAGAAACCUUUAUUCCAAUCAGCUUAAUAAUGUCUCCAACGGACCUCACCAAAGGAAGCUGUUCUUCGUGGGGAGAAAAUAUAUUGCAUACAAACCUAUUGUCGGUAUUUUGGAACGAGUCAUCAACUAGACUGAGGGUGAGACAAAAGUCUCGACCCUUACUCUUGAAGGGACUUUUGAAAAACUUCACGAUACCAAAAAUAUUCAAAGUUUGGUUCUCUUUCUUGCUUAGAUCAGCAAGUUUUGUAAAACAAAGGCUGGGUAGUGGAAAACGCGCUCUUUUAUCACUAGCCAUCUGAGAUUUCUGUACAUUAGCGCGUUUUCGAGUGGAAUGGUAUGCGAGGAGACUGGGUCUACUUUUGAGCCAGCAUUUUACUAUUCAGCGGCUGCUAUGAGUGUAAUUUCAAGAUGGCGGACCAACCUGUAAAGUUUAUCUCAAAAACUGAACUAAAUGCAAAAAAAGAAGAAAAACGAAAAGCACGAGAGCAAGUUUUACAGCAGGCAAAAGCAGAAUAUGAACGAGAGCAACAACGACGCGAAAAACGCAAAGUUACUGGAGAAGAUACAUGGAUGUUGCCGAGUGUUAGUAACAGGAUAACUGAUGACGAUGAACAUCGCAAGAAAAAGAAACGAAAAAAGGAAAAAAAGAGCAAAGAUAAGAAGACCAAAAAGCAUAAAAAAGUGAGGUGUUAAUAUACAUACAGUCAAUUAGACAUUAAAUUUUAGAAACUCAAACUAUUAUUGUGUUUUUUCCUCUUUUAAGAAAUCAAAAAAAGAGAGAGAAGAAAGUUCUAAUUCAGAUUCUGAUGAAUGGGUUGAGAAGAAUACCGAUGAUACAGGUGAUCAACCACAAGAAAAGGAAUCAGUUGUAACUCAGAGAGAAGGCUGGAUGUUAUUUCCAUGCUUUGCAGGAAGCUCAAAAUCUGAACAACAAGAGAAAAAUGAAUCAAUUGAGAAAAUCCAGGAAGAAGAGCAAAAACCUUUAACCAUUGAUUUGGCAGGGCAACAUUCAAGAGAACUGAAUCCAUACUGGAAAAAUGGAGGCACUGGAUUACCGGCUGAGAAGGUUGAAGUUGCAAAAAGUGAUUCUGAGACUAUAAUGUAUGAUGUUAAAUGGCUGAAAAAAGCUUUACAAAGAUCCAAAGAACAAGCUGAAGUAGAGGGUCGUUCAUUAGAGGAUGUAGUUUCCGAUCGAUGGGGGUCCUUGGAGCGACUUGAAGCUUUAAUUGAUGAGGCAGAGAAACGAGAUAAAAGCUAUGACAGAGAUAAAGAAAGUUCAUGGAGUAGUAGUUAUAGUAGACACAGAACAAAGGACAGAGACAGAAGAAGAGAUACAUUUUAUCACAGAGAUGAUGCACAAAGGAAAAGACAUGAAGAAAGGGACAGACAUUAUUCAGUAAACAAAGACAAGUACUGUGAUAGUGAAAACAAGAAAGAUUCAAAACAUAUUAGCAACAUUGAUACAUCUGAACAUCAAAGGAGAUUUUAUAGAGAUGAGUCUUCAAGAAAAAACACUUUGGAUGAAUUGAGAUCAGUAUCAAGAAGAGAAGAGGUUAAGAAAGUACUAGAGGGAAGAUCUACAAAUCCCUUCAGAAGACCAGAGAGUAAUGCCAGCAAAUCAUCAUAUAAAUUCAUGAAGCCAUCAGAUGAAUUGUCAAACACACCUUCAGUUUCAUCCAGUUCUCUUUCAACUUCCUCUGGGGGAUGGAAAAAGAAAAGUGAAAAUGAACAACCCAAAGUUAACAGAAUUGAGCAAGCUAUGAAAAACCAUCAAUUCUCUGAUGACUCCAGCUCAGAUUCAGAGGAUUCAGAGGAUGAUAAAAUAAAGUCAGAAAUAAAUAGAGAAGUAAAAGAAAGUUCUGAAAGUGUAAACAAUGAAAAGACAGAAGUGCUUCAACAUCAUGUUCCUACCAAGAAGAUUACAGAAGCAGAUUUAAAUAACAUGGGAGCUAAAAUACUUAAAGCUGAAUUGAUGGGAAACGAGGAUCUAGCAGCAGAGCUGAAAGCUAGUCUUGAGCAAAUGAGAGCAGAUAAAGAAGCUCAAGAGUCUUCAACAUCUAACAGCAAAGAACCCAAAGAGGAAGAAGUUGUUGUGUUAACAAGGACAGACAAGUUUGGUAACACUAGACCUGUGUCAAUGAAUGAAGUCCAGGAGCCAAAACGUGGCAGACGAAAGAGAGAAAAGGUUUCAACACACAGUGAAACAGGACAGCGAGAGAGGUACUUUGCAGAUGAUGAUCGAUAUGAUCUCAAUGAAAUUGUACGACGAGAAAAAAUGAACACUGCAGAGGACUAUAAUGCCAUGUUCUCCAGACUGGCAUCAAAGGGAGCUAGUAAAACAGACUCUGAUGACUUCACCCUUGAUGAUCACUUUGUAUCAGGCGCAUCUAAAAAGUACUCUAAAGCACAAGAAGAGGAACGAGACAAGAUGAGAGCAAUAAAAGAACAUCAGCGACUUUCUGCACAGCUAUCAAAGUGUCGUUUCUGCUUUGAAAAUCCUGAUUUAGCAAAACAUCUUAUUAUUGCAAUAGGAAUACAGGUUUACCUUGCAGUACCAUUACAUACAUCACUGACAGAAGGCCAUUGUCUCAUUAUACCCAUGCAACACCAAGUAGCCUACACAUAUCUGGACGAGGAUAUCAUAGAUGAAAUUAAGGUCUUCAAAAAAGGACUCACACGGAUGUUCCAGGAAAUGAAUAAAGAUGUUAUAUUUCUGGAGACAUGUAGAAAUCUUAGCAAGCAAGACCACAUGAUUGUUGAAUGUGUACCAGUCCCCAAGGAAGAAGGAGAUCUAGCACCCAUGUAUUUCAAGAAAGCAAUUUUAGAGUCUGACUCAGAGUGGGCGCAUAACAAAAAACUAGUUGAUACAAGCAAGAAAGGACUUCUAGGAUCCAUACCUAAAGGACUGCCAUACUUCAGUGUUGAGUUUGGCUUAGAUGGUGGAUUUGCACAUGUAAUAGAGGAAGAACAUCUCUUUCCACAUUACUUUGGAAAGGAAAUCAUUGGUGGUAUGCUGGAUCUCGAGCCCUGGGUGUGGCACAAACCACACAGAGAAAACUUUGAACAACACAAGAAGAAAGUGUUGCAAUUUGCUGAUUGGUGGAAACCUUAUGAUUGGACAAAACGACUGGCUAAGAACAAGUGAUGGUUAACUCGAUUUUAACAUUUUAAAUUGCUUGUUAUAUUAACAAUGUAAAUGAUGAUUAACAUAAAAACAAUCUGCCGGUCAUCCAGUUUACCGAUAAGCUAUAGUUCAAUAUACUGACUAUAGUUGGUGAAUGAAUGCGAAAAGGGUGCACCUCUCCACACCUCAGUUGUCAAGCAAAAUGAGGAUUAUAUAUAAUUAUGAUUGUAAAUAUAAAGUAUCAACAGUAUUUUGUACUAAAUAAAUGUAAAAAUUUUGACAAUAAAAUGUUAUAGCGCAUUCA